GUAUAAUUUAAAAUAAUUGUAUAAAGUGAAGGAAAGGAAAAGUUUGUGAAUUUUUUUCAACAGUUGUUAAAUAUCUUUCAUAAACGAGAUAAUAGAAAACAACGACAAAAUUACCAGAAUAUUCACCGUUAAUAUCGUUUACGCCAGUAAUAAUAUGUAAUACGAUUACUCGGACAUUUUAUUCCGCCAUGAUUUCGGUACUUUUGCAUAUUUUCAGAAGAUUGCAGCUAAGAUCAAGCAUAAAACUUUUUGCUGAUAAUUUAUCAAAGAUUUUCUUUGUGUUAGCAAUUUAGAAAUAAGUAUACAUUUUUUUCAAGUAUUCUGAUACAAUAUCAAACGUUGUUAAGAUACUCGUAAGUGAAUUGCAAUAAUUGUGCAAUUUGUAACAUAACCUCUGUAUUAGUGUAAAACGUAGCUUUGCACGUGAUGGACAUUGAAGCUCUCUGCGUUUUCUAUUAAAUCGAAGUACUAGUGAUCGUUAUGCUAUUUGUAUUUAUUUACUAUUACAAUCUAUAAAUCACGAUACAUGUUAUUGAAACAUAGUUUAUAUUAAACAUCGAGUGUUUUAUUAGUUAGAGAAUGCAACUUUGCAUCGUAGUAUAUUAAAAUAUUGCUUAAAAAUGACCUCGCCGUUUACGUGUAUCACGUGUCGUGUGGCAUUUCGAGAUUUAGAAGUGCAAAGACAACAUUACAAAUCAGACUGGCACAGAUACAAUUUAAAAAGGAAAGUAGCCGAAUUACCUCCUGUUACUGUAGAAGAGUUUCAGAAGAGAGUAAUUGCACAAAGGAAUAAAGAUGAUAAACAAAGGGAAGAGGAAACAAUGAAUUGCAAAAAUUGCAGAAAAAGUUUCAAUACAAAAAAUCAGUAUGAAAAUCAUUUACUAUCGAAAAAGCACAAAGAAAAAUGUGCUAAACAGUGCAGUAUUUCAGACAUGGAACAUGAAACAUUGGAUAAUGAUGCUAGUUCUUCGCUUAAUUGUCUAAUUGACAAGGAUGUCAAAGAGGAAAGUUCUAGUAACAGUAGCAAACAAUCAACAGAUGAGAUGGAAGUAGAUACUGAGAUUGAGUCUGUAGAUUCUGAUGAAUGGAUCAAAGAUGCUGAAAACCCAGUAAGAAAUAAUGAUUGUCUGUUUUGCAAUCAUCAUAGUAGAUCUUUGGUGCGUAAUUUGAAACACAUGACCAUUGCACAUUCAUUCUUCAUACCAGAUCCAGAAUAUUGCACAGAUAUUAAAGGUAUACUUACAUACCUUGGAGAAAAAAUUUUUGCAGGAUAUAUGUGUAUUUGGUGCAAUGAUUCUGGAAGGAGCUUUCAAAGUGCAGAAGCUGCCAGAGCACAUAUGAUUGAUAAAGGCCAUUGUAAAAUGUUGCAUGAAGGAGAUGCUCUUGCAGAAUAUGCAGGGUUUUAUGAUUAUUCAUCCAGUUAUCCGGAUGCAGAAAGUGGUGAUCCAGAUGCAGAAGUAGAAAUACCUGAAUUAGAUGAUAAUGAUUAUCAACUAGUAUUGCCUUCAGGAAAUGUUAUUGGUCAUAGAUCUUUAAUGAGAUACUAUAAACAAAACUUAAAUCCGAAUAGGGCGGUCGCGAUACCUAAGAGUGAAAAACUGCUCAAAGUACUGUCUCAGUACAGAGCACUUGGUUGGACAGAAACACAGCAAGAAGCUGUUGUAAAGAAAGCCAGAGAUAUCAAAUACAUGCAAAGAAUACAGGCUAAAUACUCAACACAAUUACAGUUUAAAGCAAAUAAAUUACAAAGAUAUUUCAGACCCCAAGUAAACUUCUAGAUCUCGCUAUUAUAUGUAUAAAUAUUGUUACAAGACUGCAUUCCUUUUUUAAUUAUAUAAUUUUUAUGAAGGAUAAAUUGUCAGGCGUGCUUAUUAUGUUGCAUAUUUAUACAUUUAUUAAAAAA